GUUCGAACUCUCGACGGAGACACGCGUCCAGUCGAGUCGAGUGCCGUCGGUUCCUCGAUGGAAAGCCGGUGAACGGACACGGCGUUCCACUCGACUUUUCUCAGUCUUCCUAAGUACUACACGAUACGAACACGUCGAUCUACGGUCCGAAACCUCCGUUAAUCGCGCCGACAAAUAACAAACGAAGUUCCAAAAAGCUAGCGAGUUCCGUCGACGAAGUGCAGUUACGUUAAAGUAAAUCGAACAGUGGAAUAUUUUUAAUAUGUUUUCUUUUUACUAUAUUAUCGUUAACUCCUAACUAAGGAAGUCCCGUUAGGUGAGCACCGAAUAUCUUUAUUUACGAGGAAUGUCGGUUAAACAACGAGCAACGAUUGUUCCCCAGAAUACCUGUUACGAAGUUUAAGAAUAAUCGUUGAAGAACGAUUUUUCUCCGAAACUACGGUUCCUUGGCCUCCAUCGAUACCCAACGACGCUGAACGAAGAGCAGAUGUGCCUUUUCAACGUGCACCAGAAGAGGACGUCGUCGCGAACGGUGCGAUCUAAGUAAUGUGGUCGAGGAACAAACGAAAAUGAUGUUUCUAAAACUUUUCGAAGACUCGUCGAUAAAAGUAGAGAACGAUCCAGAGUGAAAAUUCUUUGAGGAAUAAGGCUUGGAACGGUCUGGGGGGGUGAUUCGUCGGAGAAAUCGUGAACGGGUGAGAACACCAGGCGAUUAGGUGUCGCGGGCGGUGUUCAAUGAGAACCGAACAAGAUUUGGUGCAUACCCAGCGUACGUGAAAAGAUCCUCGGGCACGAGGACGGGGCGCCGAAGAGAUCGUCCUCCACUACGACGAUCACCACGACGGCGAUGCUGCGCUCACCGGCGCGCGUCGUCCUCCAGGACUCUUCCGCCUCGACGUCCUCGACCCUGUCGGCGCCGCCGACGCCGGUGCAUCACGGCGCCGCCGCCAGCGGGUCCAACGUCUCCUCCCGUCUUUCCCUCCUCGACACCUGCCACAGGAAGAUCAGGUUCUUCGGCGAGUUUGUCGCAAAAGCCCGACGAAAGGAGAAGGAUGCGGGAACCACAGAGGAUCCGAAACUGUACCUCGAGGAGGCGACCCUCGAAAGGCAACUGCCCGAGCUGGACCUGAGGAUGUUGGUCGAUCUACCGCCAGGCUUGGAUUAUAACGAGUGGUUGGCCUCCCACACUCUCGCACUAUUCAAUCACAUCAAUCUCGUGUACGGGACGAUAUCCGAGUUCUGCACCAUGACAGGCUGUCCCGACAUGACCGGUCCUGGUUUAAGAACGUAUCUGUGGUUCGACGAGAAGGGGAAGAAAACGAGAGUGGCAGCGCCACAAUAUAUAGAUUAUGUUAUGACUUUUACACAACGCACCGUUAGUGAUGAAACUAUAUUUCCUACGAAAUAUGCAAAUGAAUUUCCUAGCUCGUUCGAAUCGAUAGUGCGUAAGAUCCUGCGGCUACUGUACCACGUGGUGGCUCACAUUUACCAUUGCCACUUCAGAGAGGUAGCACUCUUGGGGCUGCACGCUCACCUCAACUGUGUGUUUGCCCACCUCACGCUGCUUAACCAACGCUUCAACCUUAUCGAUCCCAAGGAAACGGAGAUCUUAGGGGACUUAGAGGCUGCCCUCUUGGGCGACUCGACAUCAUCAUCAGCGCCUUCACAAACCUUAGCCAUCCAGGAGACUCCGACCACAGCCACCUAGAUCGCAAUGCACAGCAAGCAAGAGGUUGCAGUUCCUGAGACUAGGUGACGAUAGGCGUUUCUUUUUCUCCAUUUCUUUUCUCUCUCUCUCUCUCUCUCUCUCUCCCUCUGUUUUUUCUUCUUUUUUUUUUCUUUUAAAUAGAGUACGUGAAGAACAGAGAUUAAAGAUAACGACUACACGCAGGUGGAGCGAAAGCGCAGUUCUGUAAAAACCAGUAGUACCUGUACAUAGCGAAGUGUGAACAACUACAUGAUGUAAUUAGGUUCCUCCGUUUGUUGUUUGUGAGAUUGUACAUAAUUUAUUAAACAGUAAGAUAUACGAAAGAGACGAAGGGAUGAUUAUUGAAUUAUUAUUGACAAAGUUAGUUGCUGUAAGAAGUAAUUUGUUCUGUAGGGAAAAAAAAUAA